UCCCCAUCCCCGUCCCCGUCCCCGUCCCCAUCCCCAUCCCCACGUCCCAUCCCCCACGCAGCCUUCGCCCUCCCUGCUCCUUCCCGCGCCGUCUUCCCUUCCCGCGUUCCCCGGGAGAAACAUGGCCGGGAGCAGCGAGGAGGUGCCAGACUACGGGCGAGGCGUCGUGAUUAUGGACAAUUGGCCAGGGUAUGACUUGAAUUUAUUCACGUACCCACAGCACUAUUAUGGAGACUUGGAAUAUGUCCUCAUCCCUCAUGGCAUCAUUGUGGACAGAAUUGAGCGGCUGGCCAAGGAUAUUAUGAAAGACAUAGGAUAUAGUGACAUCAUGGUCCUGUGUGUGCUUAAAGGAGGUUACAAAUUCUGUGCUGAUCUCGUAGAACACCUUAAGAACAUCAGCCGAAAUUCAGAUCGAUUUGUCUCAAUGAAGGUUGAUUUCAUCAGACUAAAAAGUUACAGGAAUGACCAGUCCAUGGGUGAGAUGCAGAUAAUCGGAGGCGAUGAUCUUUCAACGCUGGCUGGAAAGAAUGUUCUCAUUGUUGAGAGAGAAAAGAGAACGUGGGAUCCCUAUGGCAGUAGUGGACUAAUACAGCAAAUGGCCACGUUUCCUUCAGGAGCACGCUUGUCUCAUCAAACAGCAAAAAAUUCAGGGGAGCUGUUUUCAACCUUUUGUUACACAAUUGCCUGUGAUGUUGUCGGAACUGGGAGGACCAUGAAAGCACUACUCAGCAAUAUAGAGAAAUACAAGCCCAACAUGAUUAAGGUAGCCAGUUUGUUGGUGAAGAGAACAUCCAGAAGUGACGGCUUUAGACCUGACUAUGCUGGAUUUGAGAUUCCAAACUUAUUUGUGGUGGGAUAUGCCUUAGAUUACAAUGAAUACUUCAGAGAUCUGAAUCACAUAUGCGUCAUCAAUGAGCACGGUAAAGAAAAAUAUCGAGUCUAAAGACAUGAAUUCUCACCACUAAAGUCCCAGAUAGCAUCAUAUUUACGCCUGUACUUGGGAAGCCAGCUGUCAAGUUUGUCCCCGCAGGCAUCUUCACUCAGCAGGAUAUAAAAGAAAAAAAUGUUCAAAUGAGAGAGCUUUCUUUUCUGAGGUUAAUAUAAAGAGUAUCAAAGGUUCCUAAGGAAAAGAAAGCAGUGCUUUUAUUUGACUUGUUCCAAAUUAAACACUCCGCCUUGUGACUCAGCAAUGCUAUCUACCUUCACGCUCCUGAGCUCCGCCUUCCUUUGUUUUGAUACAGUCAUUAUAUUUGAUUAGUAUUCCCAGGAAUACCCCCAACUAGUUACUCAAAUAUUUUUCACUUAACUUUUUAUACUCUUAUUUUGGUAAUAAGCUUACAAUAUUAAGAAGCUGGGGACUUUUUUUUAACUGAAGCCUUGAGUCCCCUAUACCGGGAAUGCAGCUACUAAUAGAUUCCCAUAUUUUAAAAGGAGGGAAAGGACAAUUUAAUAUAAAUUUCUGUUUGUGCAUUUCUGACAGGCCAUUAUUAUCUGCUUUGACAAAGCCUUUCUGAAACGCAGUGUACAAUGAAUCUUAAUGAUGUUAUGAAACGAGCUUUGCUCGGGGCUCUUGAUUGGAGCUUCCGGUAUGUGAUGACGGUAUGUCAUGUAUGCAUGGAUGUACUCAACUGUGUUUAAUACUCUGAAUUUUAAUUAGAAAAAAAUACAAUAGCAGCAAGGCCCUGGUUUCUAAGCUGUAUCCUUUUAUUCAUGUGGGACAUGAGCAAAUGGCAGAAUUAGGGGCGAGUGCUUUCAAUGCUCGAAACUAAGCAACUAUAAUUUUUUCCUCUUAUUUGCAUGAAAGGACAAGACACUGUUAUGCCCUGUCCUAAAUGUGAAGACAGAGGUUGAAUUUUUAAAAAAAUAUCUUUAAAAGACUGAUCACAAAAUCCAAGGUGCUACAGGAAACAAGCACACUCAAGAAAGUUUUUUUCUGAAUAACAUUUUUUUCCAAUUUCUCCGUUUUAUGAGACAUUUCCUAAUUUAUGGAGAUUUUAAUUGAAAAUAAACUUGAGUCCCAAUAGAGCUGUUUUUUUCUCACUUCCUACAAAAUGCAAAUGCAAAAUAAAUAACUAAGCAGCUUUUGUUUGGUUCUGAACCGUAUGUGGCGUAUUGUUAUUAGGUUCUAGCUUCCUUUAAACUAAUAAAGAAUAAGAAAACUUGUUAUGGUU